AUGGUACAUGCAGAUGUGCAAAUCAAAAAGCGUUCUUCUAAAAUAUGUGCUAUGCUGAUUGUCCAAGACUCACAAAAUUGCUUGAUAAUAAUGAUAGAAUUUGCUAAGAAUAUUGUCUUGAUCGCAGUUCGUACCCUGUUUUUGAUGAUGAUGGAAUCUUCGAGAGAUGUGAAAAUAAUUUCAACCAGCUGGAAUCUAAAUUUUGUGAAUAAAAUUUGA